GAUGUAAUCUAUCAACACAUGAAAUGGCGCUAAGGCUGAAUAGUGUGUUUUCAUCAGCUUCAGUGGUAAGUCCCAAUAAUUGUUUGAGGAAAGCCACGUUCAAUUUGAGAAGAGGUGGUGCUACAAUUAGAAUUAGAAUGGCGUUGAGUGAAACCCCUUCAACCUUUAAAGUCAUUGAUUCACAUCUACACGUGUGGGCUUCUUCUCAAGAGGCUGGUAAAUUCCCUUACUCACCUGGACAAGAGCCUAAUUUACCUGGACAUGUAGAUUUUCUGCUCCAGUGUAUGGAGGAAGCAGGAGUAGAUGGUGCACUCAUUGUACAACCAAUUAAUCAUAAAUUUGAUCAUAGUUAUGUUACAAGUGUUUUGAAGAAAUAUCCGGCCAAAUUUUUUGGUUGUUGUCUUGCUAAUCCAGCUGAUGAUGGAAGCGGGCUUAAGCAGCUUGAACAUCUUGUUCUGAAGGAUGGCUACCGUGCUGUUCGAUUCAACCCUUAUCUGUGGCCAUCUGGUGAAAAGAUGACAAAUGAAAUAGGGAAAGCAAUUUUCAAAAGGGCUGGUGAACUUCAUGUACCAGUGAACUUCAUGUGUAUGAAGGGUCUUGAUCUGCAUAUUUCUGAAAUUGAGCAAUUAUGCAAUGAGUUUCCAUCAACAGUUGUAUUGCUUGAUCACUUAGCAUUUUGCAAACCACCAAUAAAUGAUGAGGAGGGUCUUGUGUUUUCCAAGCUUUUAAAUCUAUCUAGAUUCCCACAGGUAUAUGUGAAAUUUAGUGCUCUCUUCAGAGUAUCAAGGACACAAUUUCCUUAUCUGGAUUUGUCUCCUCUAUUAUCCCAAGUUGUCUCUAGCUUUGGCGCCAAUCGUGUAAUAUGGGGCAGUGAUUUUCCAUUUGUUGUUCCUGAAUGUGGCUACAAAGGAGCCAAAGAUGCAGUGCAGCUUAUUGCCCAUCAAAUUUCUUUGCCUUCAUCUGAUUUAGAGUGGAUCAUGGGUAGGACAGCUACACAGCUUUUUCAAAGUCAUUUGAUUACCGCCAAGCAAGACUGAGCCGUACCUAACAUUUCUAGAUAUUUUUUAUGAUGAAUGUAACCUAAACUAAUUGUCACAAUAUAUGAUUUGGAUUAGAAUAUGUCUGUCAUCUAGGCUAAUUUUUAAUUGGAUUUUGACUCACCGAUCAA